AUGGAUGUGGGCGCUUCGCACUAUCAAUACUCGAAUGAGAUGAUGAACGCGUCGCCGCAGAAGGUCGAGAGGCGCAACGACACCACGCCCAAUCCAGUGGCAAGAUUCCUCCAUCUUCAGCCGCGACAGGCAGGUCGGUGCGGAGCGGACUUCGGCGGCCAAAGCUGCACAAACAAUCAGUGCUGCUCACAAUACGGAUACUGCGGCACCGAAUUCGAGCACUGCGGCGAAAUCGUCGGAUGUCAGCCGCAGUAUGGAAGAUGCGGGAAUCAGCCUGUUACGCCGACGUCCACGCCGACACCAACACCAACACCGACUCCGUCGUCUUCUGCGAUCCCAUCCUCGACUGUCAUUCCUUCUUCCACCGUCCGCCCCUCCACCUCUUCAUCGUUACCUCCAAUCCCCUCCGGCACCAUGGUCAUCUCAACGAACGGCAUGUGCGGUAACGUGACCACGUGCGCCGGCUCCGGCUUUGGAAACUGCUGCUCGGAGUGGUACUGGUGCGGAAGCUCAGGCGACUACUGUGGUACUGGAUGCAGGCCUUUGUUCGGAAACUGCGCCGGAGCGCCUCCAGUGUCCUCAUCCUUGCCUCCUCUCGUGUCUUCGUCUACGCGUAUCCCAUCGUCCAGCCCAACGCCUACGCCAACACCUUCCUCGACACCUAUGCCCACGCCCACGCCCACGCCGAGCUCUACUACGCCUUCUCAGCCUACGCCGACUAUCCCCGUCAGCACGGACGGUAGAUGCGGAGCCGAGAACGGCGGUCGCGGCUGUGUGGGUUCCACGUACGGACGAUGCUGCUCUUCCUAUGGGUGGUGCGGGAAUCAAGAUGACUACUGUUUAGUUUCAUGGGGUUGCCAGCCUAACUACGGAACCUGUGGUGCACAGAGUCUGUUCAUGAACUUCGCUGCGAUGUGA